GGAGACCGGAUAUAGUGAAUGCAGGGUCCGGGGAGACCGGAUAUAGUGAAUGCAGGGUCCGGGGAGACCGGAUAUAGUGAAUGCAGGGUCCGGGGAGACCGGAUAUAGUGAAUGCAGGGUCCGGGGAGACCGGAUAUAGUGAUGCAGGGUCCGGGGAGACCUGAUAUAGUGAAUGCAGGGUCCGGGGAGACCGGAUAUAGUGAAUGCAGGGUCCGGGGAGACCGGAUAUAGUGAUGAAUGCAGGGUCCGGGGAGACCUGAUAUAGUGAAUGCAGGGUCCGGGGGGAGACCGGAUAUAGUGAAUGCAGGGUCCGGGGAGACCGGAUAUAGUGAUGCAGGGUCUGGGAAGACAGGGGGAAGUAACAGAGCAGCAGCCUGUGAGUCUCUGAUUGUGACAGUG